ACAGAAUUUGCGUCGGCGCAGUCAGAAAAUAAUGUCUCAUUUCCGGGACUUGAUCAACAAAUUGAAAAUGAAUUGAAUUUCCAUAAUACAGCAAAUUUUGAGAUUCGUAUAGUGUCUUUCAACGUCAGAACAUAUUUAUUCACUCAGGGAGUUUGAAAAUGAAAAGCACCUGGAUUUACAUCCUAUUCCAAAGCUUGGUUUCCGUAUAUCAAACAGAUCAGAAAUCCUUAGACACAUAUAUAAAACAUUAUGAAGAGUUAGAUUACAGUACGACAGAUCUUCAUCAAUCACAUUUACGUACGAAGCGAUCGUUGAGUGAUAAAAAGUUGAGAUUUAAAUUUAAUGCUUUCAAAAGAGAUUUUAAUUUAGUAUUAGAGCCAGACCAAUUAGUGUUUACAAAAGAUGCAUAUUUAGACAAGCAUGGUCCUUUAGAUACAUCACAUAUAUACAGGGGGACAGAAGAGGGGACGGGAGGCAGCACUGUAUUUGGUUAUAUUGUAGACGGACAUUUCCGUGGAUCUGUCAGAAUUCCAGAGGACACUACAUACCAUAUAGAACCUGUUAAACGAUUUAUUGGUAGAGUCAAGGAGCUUCCUAAAUCACAUACUAUAAUUUAUAAGGAGGAACAUAUAGAUUUAGACCCACAUAGAUUAAGAAGAGAAGCAGAAAAUGCUAUUGCAUCUUGUGGAAAUGGUAACAGACAGGUUCAUGAAUGGAUGGAAACUGUGGCUAAUUCAGCUGACACAGAAAACUACAGAGUCAGAAGGUCCUACUCUGAAGAUAAAGAGGCAUUUUCAUACCAUAACAAAUAUUCUGAAGCUCUGAACAGAGAGAAGCGUGGAACACUACGCGAUAAAAAUGCAUGUUUCCUCUUCAUGCAGGCAGAUCCAAAAUUAUACAACAAGGUUUUAUCAGCUUAUAGUAAGGAUGUGUUAGCUAAAGAAGAUAUUGUAGGUACAUUUGCCUCCCAUGUUGAUGCCAUUAACACCAUCUACUCAAACACAGUGUUUAAAACAUUUGACAACUCAAUAAACUACUCAGGAGUCAGAUUUAAAAUCCAGAGAACUAAAAUAAUGACACCUGCAACAGAAGGAUGUUCUUCAUCCAACCCAAAAACCCUGUGUAGUGACAACAUUGACGUCAGUAAUUUCCUGAAUGAGAAUUCACUUAUAGAUCAUUCUGCUUUCUGUCUGGCAUAUAUAUUUACAUACAGAGAUUUCACACAGGGAACACUGGGACUUGCUUGGGUUGGAUCUUCUGGACAGGCCUCUGGAGGUAUAUGUGAGAAGUACAAGUCAUUCCCUGAAGGUGGUAAACAAGUAAUGAAGUCUUUGAACACCGGAAUUGUGACUUUGGUGAAUUAUGGAGAUGAUGUAGCUCCACGUGUAUCACAGCUAACAUUCGCACAUGAAGUUGGACAUAAUUUUGGUUCACCUCAUGACAGUGGGCAGCAAUGUGCUCCUUAUGGUACUGGUGCCACAGAUGCUAACCAAGGUAACUACAUCAUGUAUGCCUCAGCUACAAAAGGGAACCAGCCACAUAACGAUGAAUUCUCACCUUGUAGUAAAGACAACAUGACCAGAGUAAUGAAUGCUGUGUUUAAUGAAAGAUAUGGGAAAGAAAACUGCUUCCAAAAUGAUGAUGCAGCAUUCUGUGGUAACAGUAUUGUUGAAGCUGGAGAAGAGUGUGAUUGUGGUUAUGCUGAAGAUUGUAUUCAGUCUGAUAAUUGUUGUGCUGGACGAGACUCUAAUGGCGAUGGAUGUAAACUUACAGCAGGGUCAAGCUGCAGUCCUUCCCAAGGAGGUUGCUGUGAUCCAGGUACCUGUAAACCAGUCACUGAUGCCCGUCAGUGUAGACCACAAACAGACUGUGCAGCUGCAGCAAACUGUACUGGCCAGGCAACAUGUCCAAAUUCAACAGCUGUACCAGACUAUGUAACUUACUGCAAUGACUACAGUAAAGUGUGUGUUCAAGGGUUAUGCACUGGAUCACUGUGUUCAAAGGUUGAUUAUGCUGCCCAGGGCAACAAAGUAACCUGGGUAGAGUGUUUUGUGGAAGCCCCUGGGGAUACAGUAGCUGACAAGGAAAGACAAUGUCUGUUGGGUUGUAGAGAGAACACCACAGCUAGUACAUGUUACAGUUCAGGGAGUGAUGCAGGUGCUAAACCUUCACCGUUUAGUGCUUUAUUGAAUGAAAUAAAAACUAUUAAAGGCGAUCAAAAUUACAAAGUGGAACUAGCAGCAGGAUCACCUUGUAACAAAUACCAAGGCUACUGUGAUGUAUUUAAACGUUGCCGAGGAGUAGAUGCAGAAGGUCCAUUGUCAAGAUUAAAGAAUUUAUUAUUUAGUACUGAAACAUUCACUAACAUAAAAGAUUGGAUAACUGAAUAUUGGUGGGCUGUUAUACUUAUAGCAAUAGGACUUAUAUUAUUUAUGGGACUCUUUAUAAAAGUGUGUGCAGUACACACACCAAGUAGUAAUCCAAAGGCCCCACCAGCACAGAGCUGGGGUGACACCCUCCGAAGAAGGAGAUCACAUCCACGGAACAGACAACAACAACAGAACGCAGGAUACAGCCAAGAACCUCUAAGACAACAAUCUCCCAUGGGACCCCCUCCACCAUACUCAUCAUCAGCCUCCUCCUCUAGCAAGCCUCAUCCUAAACAUGGCAAAGGUGGUAGGGGCAAAAGUCCUGGCAAGAGCCCCGGCAAGAAAGGCAGAGAUGCAAGAGUAUAGAUGCCAUAGUAAAAUUAUAUCUCUUUCAGCCAUUAGAAACAAAACAUUGUCAUUCAAAUUAGUUACAAUGAAUAUUCAUGUGAUAUAAGUAAGUGGUUAUGGAUAUUCAUAACCAAACGUUGUCAUUCAAAUUAAUGCUAAUGAAUAUUCAUGUGCUAUCAGUAAGUGGUUAUGAAUAUUCAAAACCAAACGUUGUCAUUCAAAUAAAUACUAAUUAAUAUUCAUAUGAUUGUAUUUAGUGGUUAUGAAUAAUCAUAACCAAAUAUUGUCAUUCAAAUUAAUACUAACUAAUAUUCAUGUAAUAGAACUAUUUCGUUAUCAAUAUUCAUGUAAUAGAAUUAUGUCGUUAUGAAUAUUCAUAUUAUUAUUAUUGUUACAGUAUAUGAUAGAUAAUUAAAAUUAAAUAAAAAAUUCUUUUAAAUUUUGCAAAACAAAAAAAAUGCUACAAUUUCACACUGGGCUUAAAGUCUCUAUUUAAUCUUUAAUUUGAUUAAGUAAUGUUAAAUUCAGACAUUUGUUAUGAUUAGAAAUGUUUAAAAGGAGAUUGCUGUUCUUCAUACCAAUGUGGAUUCAUUAUUAUUUGUAGGAUACCAAUUUUCAUGGAUUCUUUAUAGUCUAGUUGAAUCAUGAAUUUAAAUAUUGAAUGAAGUAUGUAGACCUGAAAAAAAAAUCACAAAAUCUAAUAUCCACUUAAGGCAUUUUUUCUCAAUCAACGAAAAUUGAUAUCCACCAAAAUAAAUGAAUCCACAGUAUUACAUUUGUCUUAAAAUUAGGAUAAAAGGUCACAAAUUAUAUAUUAAUUAAGUUUUUGACAUUGCAUGUUAAAAACAUAUAUUUUCAAUAUCAGUUUACAACAUCCAUAAUAAAUAUUUUAAUUGUUAUCUCUUCUAAACCUGGUACAUGUCAAAGAAAAUUUAAAUCUGAAAUAUUUACUUAGUUUUAAAAUUUUCAUGGAGGUUAUAUAUUCCUGCACAUUCAUGACAUUAUUCAUGGUUCAAUGACUUUAAAUGUUUCGCUUUGUUUACAUGUUUAAAUAUUGUCUUUAGGAUUCAAUAUUUGCAUUAUUACUAAACAAUUACCAAGAGAGACAUAUCUUUGUGUUAACAUAUUACUAAAAAAAUUAUACUUUCUAAAAAUAAUUGCCUAAAAGUGCUUUUAGAUAUUAGGUCAACUAGAAUGAAAUAAUUAAGAAAUUCUAAAUAGUACAGAGAUGAUACCAUAUGUAACAUGUGUAAGGUGGUACUUGACACCACAGGGAGAUAACUCUGUAAAAUCAGUCAAAUGUUUUAAUCCCAUUGUAUUGUU